AUGUCAGCGGCGCGAUGCUGUCUAAUGACAAUGAGUUUUAUCUCUACGGGUUGGUGCUCCUCCUCUUCCUCGGGUAAAAAUAGACUGCUUACUUUAUUGGACAACCCCAGAGGCAUGAGGCGCAAUACCGAUACGAGCGACCCCCCUCCAGAGGAUCGAGUUCUUUCAUACAAUGCCUAUCAGUAUGGUGCGCACAAAACCCUUUGGGCUGCGGGCUGGACCCAAGAGCAACUCUCAGAAAAUGUGACGCAACGUAUCACCAGCGGAGCUGCGGCAUCUGCUCCGAGUGAGAAUCUAGCUUUCUAUUUCAGUGGGAUGCACGCAUCAGAUUGGGGCGAUUUUACCGCAGAUGACUCAGAUGCGAACAAGACAGCCAAUACUCUCAUCACCGUGGAUACUUCGGUGAUGCGCUCGGGGGAGUGGAGCAACACCACGCUACCAAGCUAUGUUCCUGGUCGCGCUAGCGCUGAGCUAGUCUGGGUGCCUGUUUCGGAAUCCGGGGUCUUAGUGGCAAUCGGUGGAGUCAUUAACCCGAUUAGUAUCUUCAAGAAUGAGAAAUCAAACUCGACAAGGACGGACGAAAGCAAAGCUACCAGUCCAACUUUCAUGGACACGGUCUCUCUGUUCGAUGUCGAAAGUAAGACCUGGUACCUCCAGAACACGACAGGAGACACGCCCCCACAGUUGACAGAGUUUUGUUCUGUUCUCGCAAGUGCUCCGGACGGUUCAUCUCACAACAUUUACAUCUAUGGAGGGUACGAUGGUCUGAAGGCGACUGCCAAUGCUUCGGACGAUGUAUACAUAUUGUCCCUGCCUUCCUUCAAAUGGAUCAAAGCGUACAGUGGGUCAAGUACACACAGUCGCAGAGGUCAUCGGUGCCUCAAGGUAUACCCCGAUCAGAUGCUCGCAGUUGGGGGACUGCAUGUGGACCAAAGCCACUGCCUGGAGGGAGGCAUUAUCGUGGACUUCAAUCUCAACACCUUGAAGUUCCAGGAUGAGUAUGACCCUACCAAAUGGAGUGAGUACAAAGUUCCAGACUUGGUUACAGCUCAGAUUGGUGGCAACUCUGAUGGAGGUGCAACUACCUCGGCUCCAUCCUCUUGGACCAACAGCUCUCUUGCCGGGGUUUUUGAGAAGAAAUAUACCAAGAAGAUGGAUAGCUAUUGGCCUUACAACAACACUACUACCACCUCUACAGAGGAGGAUAAUGGAGGGGGCGGAUUCCCUGGAUGGGCUGGUGCAAUCAUCGGCGUGGUCCUGGGUCUUCUCAUCAUUGCGUUCAUAAUCGGAUUUUGGCUCUAUCGCCGACGUCGGAACCAGCGCCUGGCCAGAGAGACAGAAAAGGGGAAAGAAAAGGAGGAUGACAGCAAACCUUCGCCGGAAUUUAUGUAUGGUGGUGGUCCGACUUCUCCGGGACCAGGCCCUGUAUCAACAUCUACAGGCGUGGAGACAACCGAAACUUCGAGGACACAACCGUCGACGGUCCAACCUUCAGUAGCAAUGGGUUCGGUGGCACCUUCUUCGGUGACGGCGCCUUCAACUGUACAAGAUUCCAUUGUUUCGCCAAUCACGCCCGGUACAGUGGAGUCUGGAGGUGACGAGGUGUAUGAGAUGCACGAUUCAUCGCCGGUCGAGCUACCAACUGCUUUCAACGUCUCAUAUUUUGCCCCCAACAUGACUCCCCAGCUCAGCCCCAAACGGGGCUCCCUAAACCCAGUUUCGCCAAUGACCCCCGAAACCGAUUCCGAGUGGUCGUGGCCUGUGGGGCACCACCGGCGACCAUCUUCACUCUCCCUCGGAGGCUCGUCUUCAAUUGAUGAUAUUGUGACUGGCCGGACGUCGCAUUUCCACGAAACUUUUGAAAGUACAGAGGAUACACGUCGGGCACGCCAUGGAUCUGCCAUUUCCGAUACGAGCGACGCCUCGAACGAGAAGCAAAAGCGAAGAAAUGAGACAAUUCACGAGGAUGAUUAG